UGGGUUGGAAAUAGGAUCCCUGCUUUCUACUAUCUGUUGCCGUCUCCGUGGUGUCAGUGUAGUAGUAGCUGCAGGACCUGCCUUGAAGUUCAGGGACUUUUAACGCCGGCCGAAGAGAGUCUGGCGCACAGACCGGGACAGACCGUCAGUCAGUCCGCCCGCUCUGCGCAUCCGUCCGUCUGGCUGCACUUCACCUGAGAGACACUUUAAACACACCAUGGAUUCCUGGACAGCCACCUUGGCUCUUCUUCUCGCUGGGGUUAUUUCUUCAGCGGCUUUGAGUGUUUUCGACACCGAGUGCUACACUGCCAACGGAGAGGACUACAGGGGCUUCCAGAAUCAGACCAGCCUGCAUGGUGGUAAACCCUGCCUCUUCUGGAAUGAGACUUUCCAGCACCCUUACAACACUCUCAAAUACCCCAAUGGAGAGGGGGGUCUGGGCAGCCACAACUUCUGCAGGAACCCUGAUGGGGACGUUCAGCCGUGGUGCUACAUCGCAGAUCACGAGGACGCGAUCUACUGGAGAUACUGCGACAUCCCAACAUGCAAGAUGCCUGGGAACUUGGGCUGCUUCAGAGACAGCGGCGACCCGCCCACUUUGUCCGGCACCAGCGAGACCUCCAAUAAACUCACCAUCCAGAACUGCAUUAGCUUCUGUAGGAAGCAGAGAUACAAGCUCGCCGGCAUGGAGUCAGGAUAUGCUUGUUUCUGUGGCAACGAAGUGGAACAACAUGACCACGGCGAGUCGCCUAGCAUGGAGUGUAACCAUGUUUGCUUCGGAGAACACACACAGCCCUGCGGGGGGGACGGCUGGGUCAUCAUCUUUGACACACGUGUGGGGGCCUGUGGUGGAAACUACUCCUCUCCAUCCGGAGUGAUCUACUCCCCUGAUUUCCCAGACAAGUACGGGGCUGGCCGAGUUUGCUACUGGACCAUCCACGUCCCUGGAGCCUACGCCAUCCUCUUCAACUUCACUUUCUUUGAAAUCUCCGACCAGACGGACAUGGUGGAGCUCCUUGACGGCAACAACAACCAGGUGUUGGCGCGCUUCGACUGGCGCAGCCCUCCGAGGGAGCUAGUGAACGUCACAGGAGACCAUGUCAUUCUGUACUUCUACUCUGACCGCACCAACCAGGCCCAGGGAUUUGCUCUGCUUUACCAAGCACUGAGAGCAAUGGAGGGCGAAGGAGGUGAGGAUGAUGAAGCGGAGGACGUCUCGAGCACGGCGGGGCCGCAGCUAGCUGGCGGCGUCACAGAGAGGUCCAACAGCACCUCCAACGGACGCUCCUCCCAGAUCCUCUACGUGAUCACGUCCAGCCCCGGGAAACCGGAGCACAACAUGCCAGGUCAGUGGGCUGGACGCGGCGAGACCACCAGCCACAGCGCUAUGUGGACCAUUUACGCUCUGGCAGCUCUCCUCAUUCUGACAGUCAUCGCCAUGGUGGCGAAGCUGCUGCUCCAUAUGACGGUCAAGUCUCAGAACAUCCCAACGGUGAGCGGUUCAGACAGCUGCAGUCAGAGCACCGCGUCCUCUGAGCCCUGGAUCAUCCUGUACCGGCCCUCCACCAUCUCCCUCUUCAAGAAGAAGCUAAAGAACCACCACGGCGACCUCAGCCCCCUGGUGGGCAACUAGCUGCGCACCACCACUAACCAAACGCCACCGCCAAACACAACUGCUCUGUACGAUGGCCGUCAGGAGCCAGGCCCUCAGACAAUGAAACUAUAGGAGGCGCUGCGCCAACACGAACAACUGAGUGGCUAAUGACAAGUGACUGCUAAGAAAUGGCCUUUGAGCCCAAGUGGCCCUCCCACCCUGCUCAGCACCAAAGAGGAGUGGGACAGGCAGGGCUGUCACUGAGUGUGGGGGCCAAAGAGGACGCUCUGACAGAGGAAGAAAGUCAGGCUCCAUUUCCAUCGCCCAUGGAUGUCCCUUACAGUCAGCAUACCUCCUGAAAACCUUCCAGACUGCAGGCUCACCAGAGAAAACACAAGCUGGUGCAGAUUAACGGCUAACUGUCUGUUUCGGAAACGGGGAGGUAAACCUCUUCCCGGUGCUUCAGAGUCACAGCUUUCAUCAGCAGCAAGGAGAGGAUGAAGAAACUUUGAUUCACACUUUACAGUUUUGUAUAAAUCGACUAACAGCCAAAAACCAGAAUCCUCCCAUCCCUCAAAGUAAUCUAUUUAUUUGUCUUUUUGAGUCCAUAUGCAAAGUGCUAAUGUUUCCUUUUUGUUGUGCUUCACGUAACAACUAGCUUUCUGAGAAGAGGGAAACGGGAUACAGAAACGCCAUUCUGAAGGUAGAUAUCACAGCACUUUGGGGAUGAAUCACUCGCCAUAAAAAUGAAAA